GUAGUUUUAUUAUCUUUAAGAAUAUUACAUGCACCGAUGUACUAAGUUAAUUACCGUAUUGUUCCGAAUAUAAGCCAAAGUUUUUGGUCGUUAACAGCACCCGUCAAAAUCCUCCCCGUUUUAUACGCGGACCUGUCUUAUGUGCGGGUAAUUAAGACAAACACUCUGAUGAAAUAUUGUCUCGGAAUUAGGGGUCGUCUUAUAUGCGGGGUCGGCUUUUACUCUGAACAAUACGGUAUAGAUCAAUGUUUUUAUUGAAGAAAAAUGAGGUUGAUAUAUAACCGUGACCACGUAAAGAUGGCUGCUAUCGAACAAUAUACAUCCGUUUCACCUGUCUCUGUUUAUUACGAGCAUACAUCUAUAUCUAAUAUCAAAUAUGUCAAAGAUUAUUCAUUUACACCGCUAACUCAUUGAAGUCUGAAUUACAAUCAAUAUGCGACGCUGUUUAAGGCUAUUCCUUACACCUUAAUUGGCUGAAAAUAGCCUCGUCUUACUUUUUUUUCUCUAUUUCUUCAUUCUUCUGUGUGUUAAUUACUCAUCGAAAUUACAAUCUGUCGGUAUUUGUCAAGCAGACAUCCGAAUAAUAAUACUAUUUGAUUAUACUGCGUAAUAUAGUUAGUUAUACUAAGUAAUAUAAAUGAUAAAGUCAUAAAUAAUAAUGUAGAAUAUUUCAUUUGUAUGAUUAGAAAUUCGCCAAAGCCUUAGUACAUAUGCAUCUAAGGAAGCAGGAGGACAUUGUCAACUUUAAUAUCACCACCAAUGCAUGCAGGGAUGCAAAGAGAGACAGAUGGAGAAUAAUUGGCUUGAGUUUAGGAAUUGAUAUGGGAGCGAAUUGAAGAGGAGAAUUAUCAAAGUCUGGAGGUGCCAUUCUACAUUUUUGAAAAAUGGCAAUUCCAGCCGUUUUUCCUUAUCCUGUUUAACCUGUUUAGCCACAAUCGGAUGCCACAGAUUCCAAUCGAGUGACUUCAUGAAUUGUACAAUAUCAUAAACUGACACUGGUUUUGUACGUAUUAUACGCUUUAUCAGCUCGGUAAACGUGUGUACAUGCACACAUCGUUGCAUUCAUACAGGACAGUUAUGAAAAAAUAAUUGGAGACGAAUGGGCUACACUGACAAUGAGUAUAGUUACGGAGUCACUGCAAGCAGCAUGCAGCCACCUCCUCUUUAUUUUAACAUUAGGAUCACCGCAGCUCGAUUGAAUUAUAAAAAAUGCAAUCGAGACAAGUAUUUCUGCAAUGCUUGAAGCAAUAUUUAAUAAAUAUACCCGUAGUACGCUAUCUACAGUUCGUGAAGUAUAUAGGAAGCAUGAUAACUACCGCACCAUUGGUGCAGUGUACAUUUUUUACCUUUCUUUUCUUCCCUUUAAGUGUUUGCGAUUAUAGUUAAUUCUCUGAUUUUCCAAUCAAUAAUGGAAUACAAUAUUCUGUCAAAAUCUGUAGUCUCCUGUAUUCGUUGCACGAUUCUGUUUGAUUGACAACUAUUGCCAUGUGAAUGGACAAAAAGAAAGAUCAUUACUGCAGUGUUAGCAGCGAUUACGACUGCAUAUUGUAAUUGUUGUAUCAUUACUGUUAUCAUCAUUAUUGGGUAUUCAUUUUUGUCUGUGACAUUGAACUAAAUAUUCCUCAUAAGCCGUUGGUAAAAUUACAACUAUAAUAAGCUUGUCGCGCUAUAAAAUACUUGGAUAGAAAUGGAACUUCCAAGGUCCAAGAGUCACACGUAACGCGUUGUACAUGUAACGCUGUCGCAGAGUCAGUAUGUAUUCCUGAUGUACGAUUUCGAGGUUGACACCCGUCGUGGUUUUUUAAUUAGACCAACCGUUUAGUGUGGAAAAAAUACAAAUAAAUCGAGGAUGCGCAAGCAAUAACAUUUCAAGUAUUACGUCCGAUUCCCAGCUACUUAGCAAUAUCGCGGUAAAUGCGAACAACUUACUUAGAAUAAUAAUUCCACAAAUUACUAAAUCACCGUGUUUUUUCUUACGAAAGUAAUGACGGAGUGACAAAAAAAAAAAUUUCCACUUAUACCCGUCAACGCGUUAAAAUUCCUCACCGCGCAACAACCGGAGGACGUUACCCUGGACUCGGGCAACCCCGCGGUCAGUUCAGGAAAUUAAACAACGUCCCCUGCAAGUGCCUCGAGUACGUCGAGUAUUAUAAGCUACAGAUGUGGUUGUCGCAGGUAACUUUGCGGGAAGGUGGGAGAGAUUCACUGCUGGUCUUGAUAUAAAGUCGUCCCGCAGGUUGAUUCAAUCGUCCUCUGCAGCUGCAGCGAAGAACUAGCGGCGUUUCCCCGUCCGGUGAUCGGUUUUUUAAUUUUCUAUUCUGAGAUUUUUCUCGAACAGUGUUCCUCCUGAUUUCUUUCAUCAAUUUCGUCCCGGUAAAACAUCGGGGAAAUUGUAUUGUCGGGAAAUGGCACCCCAGGCAACAGCUUUGAGUACCGCGCCUCCUGCAUCCGCGGAAGAUGGUACCGUCAAGUCAAAGACCCAGGGAGUCAAACCGAGCGCUACCUUCGGCUCGAGGCACUUCCAAGCGCUGCUCAUGUUCCUUGGACUCUCAUGCGGCUACACGGUCCGAGUGAACAUGUCCGUUGCGAUCGUCGCGAUGACAAGUGACGAGGAUACUCCAACUAAUGGGAAUUUCGACACGUACAACUGGGAGCCAUCGGUGCAGUCUCUCAUCCUGAGUUCCUUCUUCUGGGGCUAUGUGCUGAUCCAGGUACCUGCAGGCCUGAUCGCCCAGCGUUUUGGGGCCCGAAAACUUCUCGCCAUCGCCGUAUUCAUCUGCGGUGGGAUCAGCCUUCUCAUUCCGGCUGCGGCCCGAUACGGAGGAUGGAUAUUCGUGUGCUUCUGCCGUGUACUUAUGGGACUUUGCCAAGGAUGCGUUCUACCCUCGCUUCACACUCUCUUGUCCAAAUGGGCUCCACCAGAGGAACGCGGCCGCCUUGGCUCGUUCGUCUACGCUGGUCACCAAUUCGGUACCCUAGUCGCGCUUCCGAUAUCCGGAUUUCUUGCCGGAUCCUCGGCGGGAUGGCCUAGUGUAUUUUACCUUUGGGGAACCGUGACGAUCGCCUGGAGCAUAUGGUGGUUCUUCUACGGUGCCGACAGCCCAGCAAAUCAUCCGUCGAUCUCGUCUGAGGAGCGUCAAUACAUUGAGCUCAGUCUCCGGACUUCGGACUGCCAAGACCAGCUUCCCGAAAGCGAUCCGACCACCACGAAGGUUCUUUCGACCCCGUGGAAGGCGAUAUUUACGUCACAACCGAUGUGGGCCUUGUUAGUCGUCCACUGCGCCCAAACGUGGGGAUUCUGGAUGCUGCUGACGGAAAUCCCAACGUAUCUUCACGCCAUUCUAGACUUCAACAUCAAAGAGAAUGGUCUUAUCUCCGCGCUUCCGUACUUGGUAAUGUGGAUAUUGAGUUUCCCGACGAGCUACAUCUCGGAUUGGACGUUGAAGCGAGGCUGGGUAUCGACGGGGAAGUCCCGGAAGAUCUGCAACACGAUCGGUCAUUGGAUUCCCGCGAUUGCCUUGAUAGCGUUGGGCUACGUGGACAAGAGCCAAACCGUCCUGGCCGUCGCCAUUCUCGUGAUCGCCGUUGCCUUCAACGUCGGCACGCUCUGCGGAUAUCAAGUAAACCACAUGGAUCUCAGUCCGAACUUCGCCGGUACCCUGAUGGGGAUGACCAACGGUACUGCAAACAUUUUCGCCAUCCUCGCACCCCUGAUCACGGGAUUCAUAGUCACUAAUCCGCACGAAGUCGCGCAAUGGAGGACGGUCUUCUUUAUCUCCUCCGGAUUUUACUUCUUGGGAAAUCUGUUUUUCAUGUUAUUCGGAUCGGGUGAUAUACAGUGGUGGAACGAACCGUCGCGAAACGAUUCGAUUCCUAACAGAAAAAUGUCGGAAAAAUGUGAUCAAAUAUCGCCUGCGUCGUACAGAAAGGCCAACGACUCGUUACAGCUUGAGAAAAUUUCACAUAAGGAGAGAUACUAGUCUUGGCCAAAGGAAUCGAGGGUCAACGCAGUAUGACCAGAAAACAAUAGCCAUGAUAAAGAAACUGCCAACUUUUUUUAAGCAUUCCGAAAGUACAAAGCGUCGUUACUUUCCAUCUUUCGUAGAGUUAUAUAACUGGAUGGAACAGUGCAAAAUCGCUCGACGCACUCACUGCGUAUACGAAAAUAUAUUAGGGGGGGCGGGAGGGGGAAGGGGUAUUUAAAUCAAUGGGAAAAUGAUAAAUUAUUUAUAAAGUAGUACGUGUAUUUAUAUUCAUUGUACAGUAAUAGAAAUAGUAUAUUACCCCGGAUGCAGCAUGUUUUGGGGAACGAAAUUUGCAACGUAUAAUUGUAUAUAACGUAAAUCAUAUUUUGUGUUUGUAAUUUUAUGGUCAGGAUUAUAAUGUCGGUGUUUGGACCACUAAUAGGAUAACUGACAACAGUAGAAUGUAAGUUAUGAAAAUGUUUGUGAAAAUACAAAUAUCUUUAUGACCUAUUCUUGAUAUUACCAAAUUAAUUGGAAUCUGUAUGUUGCUGUAUCUAGUGGUUAAAAUGAAAAACCAACUCUGAAUUACACGUAUUCUGGGACUUAA